AUGCCUCAAAUCAAGACGGAAUUGCGAGAGUAUGGACGCAGAAGAGCUCAGACGGGCCCAUAUGCCGAUAACUUGGAGGUCGAUGCACUUGUUGUCGGUGGUGGCUUUGGUGGAGUGUUCUGCUUCUACGAAUUGAGGAAGGCUGGCUUCAACACCGUCAUCUAUGAAGCCGGCAACGACCUAGGGGGAACGUGGCGUUGGAAUUGCUACCCGGGGGCGAUGGUGGAUUCCGAGAUUCCGGAAUAUCAAUUGUCUAUUCCAGAGACAUAUAAAGAUUGGACCUGGCCUUCCAACUACCCAACUUAUGAGGAUCUCAGAGCAUAUUUUGACCACUGUGACAAGGUCCUGGACAUCAAAAGCCAUACCGCCUUCGAUAGUGUUGUCGUCGAUGCUCAAUUCCAGACCGGCGAAGGUCGCUGGCAUGUCAAAACUGCUGACGGACGCACCGCCAAGGCAAAAUACCUUGUCGUUGCUGCUGGCUUCGCGGCAAAACGCUACAUCCCUGAUGAGUUCAUUGGAAUUGACAAAUUCCAAGGCAUCUGCCAUCAUUCCUCGUUCUGGCCUGACCUCAACAUUGAUGUUUCCAACAAAAAAUGUUGUGUCAUUGGAACUGGAGCUUCCGGAGUCCAGAUCACCCAGAAAUGGGGCCCUAUCGCCGGACAUUUGAAAGUUUUUCAAAGAACACCUAACCUAGCUGUGCCGAUGAGGAAGAGGGCUCUUACAGCACAGGAACAAAACGACCAGAAGUCCAUGUAUCCGGAGCUUUUCAGUCUCCGUGAGAAAUGCUUCGGCGGAUUCUUGUAUACUUUCUCCGAGAAAGGCACUUUCGAAGACACGCCAGCCGAGAGAGAAGCAUUCUAUCGCAAGCUCUGGACCGAUGGCGGCUUCAGAUUCUGGCUCGGUAAUUACAAAGACUACCUUUUUGACCCCAAGGCCAAUCGUGAGGCAUACAACUUCUGGGCCAAGAAUGUACGCUACCGAGUCGGCGAUCCUAGAACCCGAGACCUCGUCGCACCGCUGGACCCACCCCACCCCUUUGGCGUCAAGCGUCCUUGCCUUGAGCUGAACUAUUAUGAGCAAUUCAACCGUGAGAAUGUUGAACUAGUGGACAUUAAGAAUAACCCAAUCUCUCAAUUCACCGAGAAGGGUAUCAGACUCAAGGAUGGAACUGAGCAUGAGUUUGAUGUUAUCUGCAUCGCUACCGGAUUUGAUAUCGUGACUGGUGGAAUGACCGCCAUGGGUCUCCGCAACAUCAAUGGCAACCUGUUGCAGGACGAGUGGAAGAAAGCUGCUUACACUUAUCUGGGUACGACCAUCAGCGGCUAUCCUAACAUGUUCCAUCUCUACGGUCCUCAAGGGCCGACUCUCUUGAGCAACGGUCCGACCACUGUCGAGGUCCAAGGUCGCUGGAUCGUAGAUGCGAUCAAGCAAGUUGAACGCCAGGGUCUCAAGUACAUCAAUCCCAAAGCUGAAGCGCAGGCCGAGUACAAGAAGAAGAUCAACGCAUUGUCCGAUAUCAGCCUGUUCCCAACCACCAAGUCGACCUACAUGGGUGGGAGUAAGCCGGACAAAGCUUUCGAACAGACCAAUUGGGCCGGCGGCAUCCCUGCAUAUCACGCAGAGAUCCGAGCCACGCUUCCUGAUUUCGUUGGCUUCGAGAAAGUCAAGAAGUGA